AUGUCAUUGAAAAUCAUAGUCUGCAAACUCAAGGGCAUGAAAAAUCGACUAGGUAGCAUAUCAAAGAGUGUUGAGACCAAGCAUAGGCUCUGUCGGACAAAGUCCCAUGUUGCACUGGAUGUAACUCCAAUUGAACCUGUUCAACAGGGACAGUGGGCAUAUCUACCACCUGAAUUGCUUUUGGAUAUAAUCCGUAGGGUUGAAGAGAGUGCGACAUCUUGGCCUGCCCGUGCCAUUGUUGUCUGUUGUGCUUCGGUAUGUAAAUCGUGGAGGUCCAUCACGUUAGAGAUUGUCAAGACUCCUCAGCAAUGUGGAAUGCUUACAUUUCCUAUUUCAUUGAAGCAGCCCGGUCCCAGUGAUUAUCGGAUACAGUGCUUUAUUAGGAGGAACAAAAGAACGUCUACAUUCCUGUUGUACUUAGGUUUGGAGCCAUCGAAGAAUGAGAGUAAUAAGUUGUUAUUAGCUGCCAAAAAGAUAAGGUCCGACUUUGUCAUAUCCUUGGCAACAGACGAUUUUUGUCAAGCCAGCAACAAAUAUGUUGGUAAAGUCAGGUUUGAUUUCGCGGGCAUCGAUUUCACUAUAUAUGACAGUCAACCUCCACAUGAUGCUGCAGUUCAACCAAAUUGUCGACCAAGUGGAAUGUUUAAUUCUAAGCCAGUGUCACCAAGAAGAGUUCAAGCAUGUAGCCAUCUUGUUAGCACCAUUUCCUAUAAGUUUUUCUGGAAAUCGCCAAGAAGAAUGUACUGCAUCAUGAACUCUAACAUCGUUACCACUAUUCAGGAAGGGGGAAACACCACGUCUCCAACAUUGUUACCUAAAAUAUUUGAUGAACCUUUUUCUCCUUCACCAGAGCUACUAGGACUGAGCCAAGGCUCGAUCCAACCCUUGUUGCUCAAAAGCAAGGAUUACAUGAGGGAUGAGCAGCGAAAGUGUUGGUGUUUAGACUACAUGGGUCGUGCAAAAGAAAAUGCAAUAGUGCUCUCUACAAAGAACUUUCAACUUGUAGAAGAUGUUGUUGAUCCAUCCCAUAAUGCUUCUCCGGUAGAGCGAGAAAGGGUAGUCUUGCAGUUAGGAAAGAUCGGAAAAGACAUAUUCAUCAUGGACUACUCUUACCCACUCUCUGCCUUCCAAGCCUUCGCCAUCUGCUUGACGCAAAUGAGAGUGUAG